AAUUUUACCUUCAGCAUUCAUUAAAGGGAUAGUUCACCCAAAAAUUUAAAUUCUGUCAUAAUGUUACUCAACCUUCAUGUAGUUUCUAACCCGAAUUACUUUCUUCUGUGGAACAUAAACUGUGAAUUUCUGAAGAAUAUCCUGCAUGCUUUUUUCAGUAUAAAACAGUGAAUGGAGACUUUCAAGCAAAAACAAGUUCAAAAUUGAGUCUAGACAUCAGGUUUGAUGUCAUUGACAUUGGUUCUUGCUUGUCUCCCGAUCAAACAUAAUUGAAGUCAAACCUGAUAUAAGGAGUCUACCAUAUUUGAUUUAAAAGCUUUAACAGAGGGCACGAUUUUCAGUGAUUUUGGUUUAUUUAUCAUUCAAAGGUAUUGACUGGCUUUAUAGUAGUAUAGACCAGUGUUUCCCAACCUAUUUUCCGCCACGGCACACUUUUUACGACUAACAAAUUCUACGGCACACCACUAUCACACAUAGGCUAACCAUCGUCAAUAUUUUUCCUUUUCAAGAACUUGUCCAUGUUUUCUGUCCAUCUUAGUAGCGUGAUGUCACAUAGGUAGGCUACGCUGUGUGAGGUCACAGGUGGCAAGAGUGCUAAAUGGUUAAUGAAAAAACAUCAAAUUUGCUUCUUUUCUAAUUUGUAGAUUUGUUCUUGCAAUGUCACAACUAAUUACAGGGAUGCAAACUCAUGAGGGGCAAAAAAUGCCCCAAACACUGGUCCACGAAAAAUUUUUCUGUGGAUAUUUUGUUUUUAAAGAAUAAGCUAAAAGCACCAAUUCCAGCUGUUUUAGUGAUUCAUGUUUAUUCAAGUUUACAAUUGUGCAGAAUUAGCUGCAAAAUAAAGAGUAUUUUGGUGAGGCUUGCUUCUGUUUCACAAAUUUGUUCAAUUUAUUAACUGAUUAGUUCACUGACCCCUUCUGGAAAUGUCACUAGGUGGCGACAAAUGAGCGUCUUACGUGCUAUGAGUGAGUCAGUGAAUCAUUUUGAGUCGUUCAUGACCGAAAUCUACCAAGAGACUUUAUAGUGUUUAAGCAUUAAAAGAACAUAGCAGAUAUAUAAUCUUCCUUCAGUCUGAGCAUUAUUUGUCAUCCAAAAAGACAACAAUAAUAGUCUAAUAAUAGUGAGUUUCAAUAACGUCCUUACCUUCUCCUUUAUUAAAACUUGCAUGGCUACAAAUCUACUCACUUCAGUAUAAGAAUUAUAAACACAAAGCAGAUCUACAGUAUCAUUUUCCUACAGUAGCCUAUUUAAACUGCUGAGCAUGGCUUUUAUCAGAAAAGACCACAAUAAUAGACAAAUAAUAAUAAUUUUGAGUUUCAAUAAUGUUCUUUCAUCAUUGUAAAGCGCAUUUCACGUGAGUUGAGUCGAGGCAUCAACGCUCUGUUCAGUGGCAGCGUCAAGCGCCGCAUUGCCCUCCACAUGACAAGAGUUGCAGGAAGCAUGACAGAGGGGCGAUUUUACGAGUUUGCAUCGUAAAAAAGUGGGAAGUGUCACAAUAAACAUUGAAAACGUAUUUGGAAGAGAGAAAAAAGCUUGCAGUUGCUUUGAUAGCAGAACGUAAUAAAAGGACUUGUUUAUGUUUAGGUCUAAUCAUUUUCUUGGUGAAUUUAAUUAGUUCAAUAACUGGGGUCUCUGAUAUUCGUAAACAAUAAGGUAAUAUUUAAUUAAAAGAAAUUAUGAGACAUUCAAUGUCUCUUCACAAAUUUGGACUGUUUUUAAAUAUUUCUUGUUGCUUAGUACUCUCAAAGACAUUAUUGGUGAAGCAAAAACGUGUGUGGAAAACAGUUUGGUGUAAAGUGGCGUCACUUCACAGACUUCAGUGUAUUCUGCAGUGCUGACGCAAGUCAUGUGAAAGCCCCUUAACCUGUAUAAAUAUCAGUCACUUUUGCACAUUAAUCAUUGCUCUUCACAAUCACAAAUGUGACCAAUUAUGGUUUCAAAAUGGCGAAUUUCUCCUAAAGGUGAGGAGUUUGGAUCCCUGAAAUUAUUAUUUUUUUCAUGCAUUUAUUUAUUUUGUGGAAUUUGAUAAUUUUCCACGGCACACCUGACAAUCUUUCACGGCACAGCGGUUGGGAAGCACUGGUAUAGACUACAUUUAUGAUGUUUAUGCUGCUUUUGUAUUCCUUACAAUUUUACACUUUGUGUUCCACAGGAGAAAUAAACUAAUAGAGGUUUGAAAUGACUUGACGAUGAGUACAUGAUGACAUAAAUUAAUCUAUAGGUGAACUAUUCCUUUAAUUUAAUUACUCUGCUGCUGUCAUUUUAAGUGUUUCUUUUUCUAACACUCCUCUCAGUGUUAGGGCUGUGUUUGGCUAAAGCAAGGGUGCUAGUAAAAUGACAACACAUAGUUUCCUAGCAUCUUGGCUGCUUUAUAUACAAUGAAUUACUUUACCUCACCGCUGGUUAAAGAGAGGCACAGAUGACUGCAGCAUUUGGAAGAGCUCUUGAUCUUUGGGACAGACUGCAGUGCCAGUCUCCACAACACCAGCCAGUGUCUCAAGCAUCAAAGUUUCCUUGCAAAUGUCCAAGCAGGCAAAAAUGUUUAUUCUGCUUCGUCACCUCUUUUAAUGGCUCAUCACUAAAGCUUAAGCCUCUGGUUGAAUUCAUCAACACAAGUGCCAGAUGUUUUAUACAUCAAAUUUCUCGCUCUGUCUCUCUUUUUCUCAGCAAGCUUAUGUCUGUUUUCUCUAUUAAGUGUAAAUGAUAGGUAGUCCUAUUCUCUUCCGUCUGGCCGACAUUAGCUCAGAGGAAUUCACUGUGUUCUUGAAAAAGUAAAUAUGUUAAAAACGGAUCUUGCAUUUUUCAGCACAGUUCUCUGUCAGUGCUGAUCAUUAGGAUUACGCGAUCUCAUUAGUGGAUCAUUGUGGAAAUUCCUUUGCUAAAAACCAUGUUGCAAAACAGCCCUCUACACUGCAAGAAAAUCACUUGCAUAUGUAAGUAAAUUUUGUACUAUGCGACUAAAAUAUGUCUGUUAUUAGCCACUGGCGAGUAAAUAUUAACAUUUCACUCGCCAGUGAUUGAGUUGUGUUGUAUCGAAGUACUGAGACCCUUUUACUGAAUAAAAAGCAAGCGAUUAAGAAGCUGGAUUCAGCCUCGUCUUUCCCUGCAAGCUGUGUCUCAUUAGUACACAGAAAAAUGCAUUUGUGUCUUAUUCAGUUGAACUCCGAGCAUCUCAUGGAACCGCAACGUGGAUGUCAAGUAGAUCAUUUGAGAGCGCGUGAAGAUGAACCACUUUUCAAGUGCUCUGAUGUGUGCACCAUCUACAGAGGCUUGCGCCAAACAUCCACAAAAAUAUAAACACAAGGUAUAAACUUCGUAAUUUAAUAGUGAAUGCAAAGUGCUCCAGUUUCACUUUAAUUUAGCUACCAUGUAAUGGCAAAUGUCUGUAGUCAUUGCGGGUACACUCACGCAGUGUUAAUGACAUGCAGUGACACAGAGAAGGAGAUGCUCACUUCCUCUUUUUCUGUGGAGAUGAUAAAAUGCAAGAAACAGAAUCUCAAAGUCUUCCUUCAUGAGAAAUAGGGGAUCGUGAUUUAAUCGGAGAGCCUUAAAAUAAUGCAUGAAAGUGAAGAAUUUAAGGCAGAAAUAUUUUACUAUUGUGACGAGGAGGAGGGCGGGACUGGUCCGUGACUACGCACGCCCAGGCUCCAAUCGGGCUAAUCAGCUGAGGAGAGGGAUAAAGGCAUCAGGAUGCGGCAGUUCGAGAGAGAGAGAGCCACAUGCAGCUGCCGUGUAUGUGUUUAUGUUUGUGUCGUUUUGUUUAAGUUUUACAUUAAACAUUACUUUGAUGGUUCGUCCAGUUCUCGCCUCCUCUUUUCCCAUUUUAACUCUGUUACAAUAAUAUAAUAUAAUAUGUCAUAAAGGUUGGCUGGGUUAUUAAAAAAAAAAAAAAAAAAAAAGAAACAGGAGGGAUGUACUGUCGUGGAGUCCUCACCAUUAUCAGCCGACCGAAGAGCAGCCGCGGCCAUCUGCCUGGGGACGGAUGCGUCACUGCUGGCCACCGAGGAUCUGAGGCACACUGCCGUCCCCCCAUAGAAAAAAAAAGAAUAGAGAAAAAAAGAAAAAAGAGAGAAAAGAGGGGGAGGAGCAUGACCAUCUGCCCGGGGCCGGAGGACCCGUCCACCAGGGGAGGAGCAAGCUGUCGUCCGCCAGAGGUCGGAGAAUGGCUGAGGGCCGGGCGACAGCGUAUCUGGGUGCCAGAGAACCAGGUAUUUCCUCUCUCUCCUCUCUCUCCCAGAAAGGGGGGUGGGGGGAGGGGAGAUGUACAUCAUGCCGGGGAUUCCCUGGCCUGAGGCAAAGGAGGGAGGAGUGUGACGAGGAAGAGGGCAGGGCCGGGCCGUGACUACGCACACCCGGCCCCCAAUCGGGCUAAUCAGCCGAGGAGAGGGAUAAAGGCAGCCGGAUGCGGCAGUUCGGGGGAGAGAGAGCCACACGCAGCUGCCAUGUUUGUGUCGUUUUGUUUAAGAUUUACAAUAAACAUUACUUUGAUGGUUUGUCCGGUUCUCGCCUCCUCUUUUCCCAUUUUAACUGUUACAAUAAUAUAAUAUAAUACAAUAUAAUAUGUUAUACAGGUUGGCUGGGUUAUAAAAAAAAAACAGCAGUGUGAAAACGUACAAUGGACCAAGACUAAAUCUGAAAAAUAAGAGAGAUAUAUUUUAGUUAUUUAGAAAUAUUUUGACAGUUAAAAUAUUAUUUUAAUAUUUUAAAAUGUAUACUUUUAUAUUUUAAAUUUGAUUGUCAUUCAUACAUUUUAUUAUAUGACCUAAGCCUGAGCAAAGGCUAUUUGCACUAAGUGCAAAUAGUGAUAGAUGCUGUUUACAAUAAGUGCAAAUAGCGAUAGAUGCUAUUUACACUUAGUGCAAAUAGUGACAGAUGCUAUUUUCACUAAGUCUAAAAAGCAACAAAAAGCAUCUUCUUUGCACUAAGUGCAAAUAGUGAUAGAUGCUGUUUACACUAAGUGCAAAUAGCGAUUGAUGCUAUUUGCACUCUAGUGCAAAGUGGCAGAUACUCUUAUGCCCCUGUUUAAGUACUAACAUACAGUAUAGUGGCAUCACUGCAUCAUUUUUAUUGUGUUUAUUUGGAGUCCCACAGACACCCUACACCAACCCCUAACCCUACCUUACACAAAUGAACCCUUUCCAGCCGGAGCGUUCAAAUUUGGGAACAAUUAUUCCCAUGGUUCCUGUCUCAAUAUCUUCGCCAUCCAAUCACCGAUUUUAUUUCUGAAAACUGCCAGAUACUCAUGACAAUAUAAGCUAAAAGCACAUAUGAUUGGUUAAGGGAUUACUGGGCGUGAAUAAUAAAUGUAUCAUCAUCAGCGUCAUCCUCCAUUUGCCUGGGCGGAGCCAGAGAAGAUACGCCGGGAGAUUACCUCCAGUGUUGGACUUACUGCUUCAAAUUGAAAACUGAAGUGAUCUUUCGAGGUAAGACAAGUUAUUUAACAUAUGUUGUCAAUAUUGUCUAUUGAAAGUCAAAACAUUUUAGUUACGAAGCAUUUAUUUGUAGGAGGAACGCUAGUUAUUUCUGAAAAAAAUGACAUGACUGUUCAUCGGACAGGCAACUAGCCUUUAUAUUUAAGCAAAUUAUUGUGAAACUUGCUAAAUAAACAUUAGCUAGCAAUACUAUGUACAUUUUUAGCUAAAUAUCAAUAACUUUUUUGGCCAAUUUUGUCGCUUGUGAAAAAUUCACCUGAAGUAAUAUGAGGCAGAGAGCAGACGCUGUUCAGACCUUUUUUUUUUUGUUUUUUUGCCGCUGUUCAGACCUGCCUUGAAAUUGGCCUGCUAGUUAGAUAAGUUAUCUAGCUUGUUGAUUUUCCCUUGUAAUAAAAAUAAUGGUAGAUACAUAAAUAUUUAAGCCUAUUUGUAAGAUUUAUGUGAGUGUAUCUUUCUGUAAUUUAGCAGAUAGCCUUACCCAUCCAUCACACAGACAUGAUAUUAGAUUGUGUGUAGCUUCCUGUUCACAAGGAAAGUGUGAGAGGGCUGUCUGCAGUUGGACAUUCUGAGAUGGAUAGAGACUAUGGCUCCCUGCUCAGCACCCUCAAGAGGAGGAGACAGCUGACUGCUGAUGAGCUUAGGUUCAUAGCAGAGGAGGACAUGGUUCAUGAGGGCAUGAGCACACAGGAGGAAGAUCUGCUGGACCAAGAACUACUGCAGGAAGACCCAGACCACGAGGAGAUGGAGGAUGAGAUGGAACCUGAUCCCCAGCCAAGACCAUCAAAUGGGUAUAUAUGAAUGUCUGAUCGAUACAUUUUCCACGGAGAUCUCAGAGCUAAAGCAGGAGAUGGUCCAGCCAGCCAGAGAGCCUGAGACAGAGAUCCUACGGGGUGUGGAAGGAGAGGUGAGUGGCCUGUUCCUGCAAUCUUCUGAAUGUGCUGGUGCACCAGGUGUGAGGGACUCUGGGUAUGACUCUCUGCGCAGACGCAUGAGCAUCCUGGACCGACUGAUGCAGACACAUUCUGUAUGGCUGCUGCUGUCACUCGGUGAUGAGGAAGCCAGACGCAUUCUGCAUCCGCAGCCAGCUGGGAGUUUUGUGGUAAGAAGGUCUGCUAAACUGCAGAAAAAGGUGAUUUCCCUGCGGAUGGACAGUGACCCACUGACUGUUCGAGACUUCCCAGUUAAAGAGAGCCAAUAUACCUUUUCCCUGGAGGGAUCAGGAAUCAGCUUUGCAGACCUCUUUCGACUGGUGGCUUUCUGCUGUAUCAGCAGGGAUGUUCUGCCCUUUACCCUGAAGCUCCCUGAGGCCAUCACUGUUGCAAAGACCCCUACAGAUCUGGAGGAGGUGGCUCAGUUAGGAAGAAGUUUCUGGGACUCUGAGAUUUGCAAAAAGAGGAAGUGUUCUGUUUCUUGGGAGACAGUUAAUGAAAGUUCACAACAGAGACCAAAACAGUGGGAUUUUAAGUUCUCCCCAAGAGACAGGGUCCAGGCCAUCCCAAUCACUCGCACCCCUUCCCAGCUUGAAUGCAGUCAGUCCAAUGGAGCACUGUGCUUCAUCAAUCCCCUCUUUCUGCAGACACACCAACCUAACAAGUCUCCCAACAAGCCAGACACAUUAGCAUCCCCAGAUAAAGAGGGCACCUCUCAGCCCCACCACAGUGCCCAGAACAGCACAGAUCACCCGCAGAACAGGGAUAGCCGUGCAAGCAGUACACCAAACAGCUCCAAAACCAGUGUGAGUAGAUCCAAGAGUGAAUCGCACUCCCCGCCACCUCGGCCUCCACCUCCCCGCUUCACCUCCAGCAGAUCACCCUCCCUUCACAAGCAGAAGAGCAUGCCUGAGACAGUCGGCUGGAUCAAAACGCCUCAGGACAAGAGUAGCUUGCUGGGGAGGUUGGGUUCUUCCUUCAGUUCCUUAUCUCCCUCAUCCUCCCCACCCAAAAGGUUCAUCAAACCAAUUCUAGUGCCCUCAUUCCGCAAUAAGAAUUCCUCCAGCCUGCUUGAUGCAGAUGGACUCCGUUGCCAAAUGGCCCUGGAUGACCAGACAAUUGAGGAUGCCAUAUCUUGGAGCCUGGCCAAGCGGUCGAUGAGCAACUCCAAUGCUCUGGAGAACAGCAGCCCCGCAGAUGAGCACAGCUCCACCAGACGAGAGCGUUUGAGUGACAUCAGCAUCUCUACUUCAUCCUCAGACUCUCUUGACUUAACUCAAAGCUUCUCGCUGCCCACGGAGGCCAGUCCAUCCAGAACCAACCGUCCUGCUGGCGACAGCAGCCUGGAGGAGGAAGAAGAGGAAGAGGAUGACGGCAUCAACUUGGAGAGCGACCAGGAGGUGUCACCACCCCUCAACUCUAAGAAACAGAGCAACGCCAGCAUGUUUGUGCUGCCCCGCACACUGAGAGGACAUUUGCGGAAGAUGAGCAGCGUUCUCAACUCUUUGAUGACUCCCGAGAGGAGAGCCAUUCGGAAGAUUGUGGAGCAGUCCAGGGAUAAAGGAACUUACUUUGGCUGCCUGGUGCAAGACUAUGUAAGCUUUUUGCAGGAGAACCGCGGAUGCCACACAUCAGGCUUGGACCUGCUGCAGACUCUCAGGCAGUUCAUGACUCAGAUGAAGUCCUACCUGCUGCAGAGCUCGGAGCUUAACCCCCCCAUUGAGUCCCUCAUCCCGGAGGAUCAGAUUGACCAUGUUAUGGAGAAAGCCAUGCACAAGUGUGUGCUGAAGCCCCUGAAGCCUGUGAUAGAGGCCGCUCUGCAGGACUUCCAGGUGAGCAGCGGGAUGUGGCAGCAGCUAAAGGAGAAUCUGGUGUUGGCCAAAGCCAAGAAGCCCCAAGAGAUGGGAGUGGAUAGAGCCCUGCCCCCUGACCCUGUGGCCAUAGAGAAGAUCCGUCACAAGUUCCACAACAUGUGCAAGAUGUAUUCACCUGAGAAGAAAGUGUCUUUGCUUCUAAGUGUGUGCAAGCUUAUCUACACCAUCAUGGAGAGCAACUCAGGAAGGAUGUAUGGGGCAGAUGAUUUCCUGCCCAUGUUGACAUUUGUGAUGGCCCAGUGUGACAUGCCUCGGCUGGAUGCAGAAAUUCAGUAUAUGAUGGAGCUACUUGAUCCUUCACUGCUUCAUGGAGAAGGAGGCUAUUACCUGACCAGUGCAUAUGGAGCAAUGUCUCUUAUUAAGAACUUCCAGGAGGAUCAGGCAGCUCGUGUGCUGAGCUCUGAGACCCGUAACACACUGCACCAGUGGCACCGCAGACGCACCACCCAGCGUACCACACCAUCUGUGGAUGACUUUCAGAACUACUUGCGGGUGGCACGGCAAGAUGCAAACAAUGGCUGCACAGCCAAAACCCUUCAGGUGCAACCUUACGCCACAACAGAAGAUGUGUGUCAGAUAUGUGCAGACAAGUUUAAAGUUUUGGACCCGGAAAACUACGCCCUGUUCCUCUUGACAGACGAAACGACACAGCAGCUGGCCCCAGACACACACCCACAGAAGAUCAAGGCCGAACUGCACAGCCGCCCACAACCGCAAAUGUUUUACUUUGUGUACCGCCAGAUCCAAAACCUCACUGUCUCUUCGGACCAGCUCAAUGGCAACACUGUGCCUAACUGAGAGAGCAAGCCUGAUUUCCAUCAGGUCCUCUCCAAACUCCGAACACAUCAUUAUUCAUCUCCUUCCUUAGAGACUCUGCUAACGUCUGCAUUGAUUUGAAAAUAUGCAUUUGUUGGAGGGAAGCGGAAAAUGGGUUUAGAGGGAAAUAAGGAAGGAAGGAUGUGUCUGACAGAUGCAGCACUUUUUUUCUGCUCUGUCUUCACUAUUUUCAAAGCGGGAAGUGGCACGCGACCAUCACAAGAGGGUAGCUGUACCUGAGCUGCAAAUGCUACAAUUGAGAAAUGAAUGCAACACAUUCAGAUUAGCAGAAGAUCUGCAAUGUUACCAUGUCUCUUGUGUUUCUGUAAAGCUUUCAUGCACAAUUCACAUGAUGCCAGGUGGUUUAUAUACACUCCGAGGAUUGUGCCCUACAUACUGUACCUCUACUGUCCUGUUUUAUCCUAAGAGAUGGUGGUAUUGUUCAUAUGACUGCUAUCCUAUGCAGAGCGCAACACAUUAUUAACUGGACACAUUAUUGCACAAAGUGAUGAACUUUAGGAAGUUCCUCCAUUUGACAUUUGUCCAGAGCUAUUGAGAAAUGUGGACAUCUCAGUCCCCAAGGACUUCGAGGACAUCCUUAUAUGAACUGAGACUAAUUUUCUAAUGUAAACCGUAUCCAUGAUAUUUUGCAGUUGCUGGUAAACUGCAUUCUUUUUAUAUGUGAUUUAUUGUUAUAGUUUUGCAUGUAUCUAUUUGAUGAUAAGACCAAUUAAAGAACCAGGCAUUGUUGCCAGUGAUGUUUUAUCCUAUUGCUUUUGUAUGAAUUAUGAUCACUCAGUGCUUACAUUCAUUAGUCAGACCAAGUCUUGUUAAAAAGAUUGAGAUUAUUGGGUAAAAUGGUGAGGCUUUGUUCUAAAAUGCUAUACUACUGACAAGCUAGAUUCAGUUUGGGGCUUGUGGUGAUCUGGUUCUCUGAUGUACAGAUUUUUUUUCUGGCUUGCAGGUUUUUAAUACAGAAAAAUGGUUUUGGCAAGCAGGGCUAAAGGAAAGAUCAGUGUGAUGUAAGAAAGAAGAAAGUAGUAGAAAAUAUCAACGGACAGAAAUGAGUUUUUAGUGUCACUGUAAAGUGCUAUCAGGGAAUACCGGGAAGGAUGAGUCACAUGAGGAGAAUACUCAUCUUUUGCCUUCAUAACUAUACUCAUAACCUCAUAACUUACCAAGUAUUUGAUUUUCUACUAAUGUACUUUAGCAUGUUUUGAUGUAAACUCUGGGCAUUUUUUUAAAUUUAGUUAUAAGACACGGGGGUGCUGAAAUGCUCUAACCCAUGUAACGUUGAUAUAGAAACACUAGUCUCACACAAAACUACAUGUUUCAAGUCUUGAGAUGUAUUUUAAAAGUGAUUAUAACAAGAUAUUUUAAGUCUGGUAAGUGUAUAAAUAUUUAUAUGCUAUCUGUGCAGGAAUUUUUCACAGAUCUGAAAGCUUUUUGUGUAUUCAUCAUGGAGUCUUCUAGACUCCACAUUCCUUAAUUCUUCUUUUUUUGUCUUUUUUAAUGUACUCUGUUGUACACAAUAAAUUGA